AUGUCGGACCUGGGCUCGGAGGAGUCCGAGGAGUCGGAGGCCGCGGCCGACCUCGGGGAGUACGAGGGCGAGCGCAACGCCGAGGGCGAGCGGCACGGGCGCGGCAAAGCGCGGCUCCCCAACGGCGACACCUACGACGGGGAGUACGAGCACGGCCUCCGGAACGGGCAGGGCACCUACAGGUUCACGAGCGGCGCUCGCUACGUUGGAGAGUACCGUCAGAACAAAAAACACGGCCAGGGCGUGUUUUUUUAUCCAGACGGGUCAAAAUAUGAAGGUGACUGGGUGGAUGACCAGAGACAUGGCUAUGGARUUUACACCUAUGCAAAUGGAGACAGCUAUACUGGAGACUGGUUUAAUCACAAUAGGCAUGGGCAAGGAACGUACGUCUACAAAGAAAGUGGAUCUAAGUAUGUUGGUGGUUGGAUAAAUGGAAGCCAGGGAGGAGCAGCUGAACUUAUCCACCUAAACCACCGUUUUCAGGGCAUGUUUUUGAAUGGAUAUCCUAUAGGUCGAGGCAAGUAUGUCUUUGACAGUGGAUGUGAGCAGCACGGUGAAUACAUACACGCAGAGCAGGCUAAAGAGGGGGAAGAAGAGGAGGAGGAACAGCCAUUCUCUGCUCCACCCAAGUGGAAAGCAGCAGAUAUUACCAAAGUAACACUCUGGACACCCAGUGUGGAACAACCGCCUUCUCCCACGGAAACCUCACAAGCAGCAGCACCAGCAGAA